AUGAAACUUCCAAAAAAAAACGACGAAACAAAAGCACAGAAAUAUAGGACGAGCAUGAAAAUGGAAAAAUUAUCUAAUUUAAAGAAAAUCGCAUCAUUUAUAUUCACUGAAGUUUUUCCGCAGACAGGGGCGACAGAAAAAAUAAAACAUCAAAUGCUGUCGUUGAGCUGGUUAGAAGCACAAAAAAAGGCUAAAACAGCAAACUUUUACUUUAACUGA